AUGGACGAAGCCCUUGCCUCGCCAGAGCUUCGUGCAUUUAUGCACGAAUCCGGUGAGAAUGUUUCAGAUUUAUUUUUUACGGAUGAAACAGCGUCCUCCGCUACUCCAUUUGCUAUUGCGUCUCAGCGCAUUCUUGGCCCAACUACGCUUGUUCGCCUCCUUGUCGUUCUAGCGCAGCGAAAUGCGCUGGAUACCAUCCAAACAUUACGAAAGGCGCCAAACGGGCUCAGUUCCGCGACUUCGCUUGCUCAGGUACAACAGAUCACCCACCCAGAUGUUAUCCGCCGUCUCAUCAAAAUCUCGCACAAGCGCAUGGCCGAGCGGAUGGAACACGGUCGGAAGCGCUCGAAAGAAAACAAGACUGGACACGAUGUCAAUUUCGCUUGCACGGUGUUCAUGAGUGUCGCGGAGCUGGCGGCCGCAUUGGCCGCGUUGGACACGCACACAGGUGGGAUGUACACGGCCGAAAUCCGUGGCGCACGUCGUCAGAUCGUCGUAGCAUUGGGGAAUGCAGCACAGAUGGCGCUUAGCUUACGACACUACCAAAGGUCAUAUUCCUUGGCAUUGGCUGCUGUCGCCGCUGCGGAAAACAUACCAGAAGAAGAAGGCCUAGAAAGUGAGGUGGUUGAGAAGAACAAGCGCCGACUUCACCUGGCAGGUGUCGGACUUCAGCGACGCUGA